CGGCCUGGAACCUGGGUCAGGGCCUCUGGCUUCCCGCUCCCAUCCUCACACCAGGUCUCCAGAAGCGUCACAGCCCUGGAACCUCGGCCCCCUGCGUUCUCGACGCCUCGUGAUCCUGCCUGGGGUCGGGCCCCAGAGCCCCUGCUCCCUCCCCCAUCUCAACCCUCCCUCGAUUCGGCCGCUCAGCAUCCCUCCUUCUGGACCCUGGAUCUUCACCCCUAGAGCGCCUCACAUCGCCAGGGAUUUGCUAGAGGCCCUCAGUGGAUUGAAUGAGGCCCGUGCACACAGGGAAGGCCCACCUGCUUUACUCAGGCCACCGAAUCAAGUGCUCAGCUCUCUGGAAACAGCCUCACAGACAAACCCAGAAGUAAUGUUUAACCAGCUGGCUGGGCACCCCAUGGCCCAGUAGAGAUGACAUAAAAAAUUAACCACCACACAGGUUAUGGUUGCGUGUGUGGAUGCCAUUCAAGGUCCUAAGCUGCCAGCUCUUCGGGACGGGGGACUGGAGCACCUGUCGCAGCACUAGAGCCCUUCUGGCCCUGUCAGGCCUUUCUCACCUCCUGAUGUGAGUAGAGCACCCCCUUGGGGUGAGGGGCACACACGGCUGGGCAAGGAAGGAGCUGAGGAAACCGUGGCUCUGGCUGGAGGGUUCCAGGAACCAGGAGGGGAGGCAGGGGCAUGGCCAGCUUGUCCAGGGCGGGGCCUGACAGGGAGUGCCCUGACGGGGAGGGCAAAGGGCCAUGUCCUCCGCCUGCCCCACCCCGCUGACAGAAGUCCCAGUCACCAGGCCACUCUCAGUCUGGGGCCCUCGAGGGAGCGCAGAAUCCCAAGUGGCUGGAGCACUGGGGGACACCCAGACAGAGCCCUUGCUGGACCAGGUCCUGCGGGAGCGGGAUGAAGCCAUUGCCAAGAAGCGGGCAGUGGAGGCUGAGCUGGACACGUGCAAAGCCAAGUUGCGAGCCGUGGAGGCCCAGCUGUUGGAAGUUCUGGAGGAGAAGCUGAGACUGAAGCAGGAGGUGGAGGCCUGGGAGGAGGACAUGCAGCAGCUGGUGAGGCAGCGGGUGGAGAGUCAGCUGCAGAGAGAGUCCAGGGGCGGCCUGGGAGAGGGUCUGGGAGCCCCAGUGAACUCUGGAACUGCCAGGACCCCCUGGGUCCGACUCCCCUUGGGUCGAUGGGGACACUGGCGGUGAGAGAACUCAGCCCAAGACCUUGGGAAGAGUACGUUUAUUCAUUAAAGUUUGAGGUCUGAACCCCUCUACAUCCUCGUGCCCUCAGUGCCCACCUGAGUCCUUCUGUGCUGGAACAAGGAGCAGCCUGCGGGGCCUUGAAGUUUGGGGUUUCAUGUCCCCUCUGGCCGGCAACUUUUAGGCCAGGAAGCUUCGGAUGGCAGCCAUGAAGUCUUGCGGGCUGUCGCUGUGGACCAAGUGGCCAGCAUUAGGCAAGGUCUGCAUCUGAGCCCGAGGGAAGAGCCGCCUAAUCUCAGGGUGGUGGCUGGGACUGUCCAACGGAGAGAAGGCCGCCAAGAAGGUGUGAAAGUAGGAAGAUGGGGCGAGAAGGAGAGAAGCAGAGGCCAAGUGGGGCUAGAUGGAGAGCCACGCGAACCCACAUGCCCAGUGGGGUUUCCGGGUUCUCAGGCACCCCUGGCCAACCCUCAGGCCCUCCCAGAGGCAGGCUCCCCAGGCUGGGGGGCCAGAUAAGUCGGGCACACCACUCCCACCACCCUGCCUGGCUUACAGCACGAAUUGAGAGUUUCCACCAAUGAGGAAGAGGGCUGGUCCAGAGUAGGAUUCUUGCCGUGGUGGGAAGUUCAAGAUUUUGUCCCAGUGCUGGGACAAAGCGUCCAAGUUCACUCUCCACACGAAGUGCC